CCGCCAAUACCAUUCGCUGUUCCCCUAUUUUGCGUACAAGGAGUAUAAAAGCUGUAUUAGAAUAACCGUCUGAGAUAGCGGUUUUAUUCAAUUUUAAUUAUUUGUAAGUGGAUAUUCUAUUAGAAAUGGUUGCAGGUUUUGGUGGAGGGAAAAUGUUCGUCAUCAAAAGAGAUGGACGAAAAGAAGAAGUUCACUUUGACAAAAUAACUUCACGGAUCCAGAAGCUAUGUUAUGGUCUUAACAUGGAUUUUGUAAUUCCUCCGGCGGUGACCCAGAAGGUCAUCAGCGGGCUGUACUCUGGCGUGACGACGGUGGAGCUGGACAAUCUGGCGGCGGAGACGGCCGCCACGAUGACCACCAAGCACCCGGACUACGCCCUGCUCGCCGCCCGCAUCGCCAUCUCCAACCUGCACAAGGAGACCAAGAAGACUUUCAGCGAUGUGAUCGAAGAUCUGUACACAAUGGUGAACAGUGCUACAAAUCAACUUUGUCCGAUGAUAUCGGUCGAGCACUACAAUAUAAUCAUGAAGAAUGCAGAAAAACUGAAUUCAUCCAUCAUCUAUGAUCGGGAUUUCAAUUACAACUACUUUGGGUUCAAGACGCUGGAGCGCUCGUACCUGCUGCGAGUGAACGGCAAGGUCGCGGAGCGGCCCCAGCACAUGCUCAUGAGGGUGUCGGUGGGAAUCCACGGCGAGGACAUAGACGCCGCCAUCGAGACCUACAACCUCCUGUCGGAGCGCUACUUCACCCACGCGUCGCCGACGCUCUUCAGCGCCGCCACCCCGAGGCCCCAGAUGUCCAGCUGCUUCCUGCUGACGAUGAAGGACGACAGCAUCGAGGGCAUAUACGAGACUCUGAAGCAGUGCGCGCUCAUCUCCAAGUCGGCGGGGGGCAUCGGCCUCAACGUCCACUGCAUCCGCGCCACGGGCAGCUACAUCAGCGGCACCAACGGCGUUUCCAACGGGAUCGUCCCCAUGCUGCGGGUGUACAACAACACGGCUCGCUACGUCGACCAGGGCGGCAACAAGCGGCCGGGGGCGUUUGCGAUCUACCUGGAGCCGUGGCACGCGGACGUGUUCGACUUCCUGGACCUGAAGAAGAACACCGGCAAGGAGGAGCUGCGGGCGCGGGACCUGUUCUACGCGCUGUGGAUCCCCGACCUGUUCAUGGAGCGCGUGGAGCGCGACGAGGAGUGGAGCCUGAUGUGCCCGCACGCCUGCCCGGGGCUCGCCGACUGCUGGGGCGACGAGUUCGUGCGGCUCUACACGCGGUACGAGGAGGAGGGGAGGUUCGUGCGCCGGGUGAGGGCGCAGCAGCUGUGGUACGCCAUCAUCGAGUCGCAGACGGAGACGGGGACGCCCUACGUGCUGUACAAGGACGCCUGCAACCGCAAGUCCAAUCAGCAGAACCUGGGGACCAUCAAGUGCAGCAACCUCUGCACGGAGAUCGUCGAAUACAGCUCCCCUUCCGAGAUUGCAGUUUGCAACCUCGCCUCGAUUGCAGUGAACAUGUUUGUCAGAAAGGAUAAAACUUACGACUUCCAGAAGCUUAAAGAAGUGUCGAAAAUUGUGACCAAGAACCUGAACAAAAUCAUUGAAGUCAACUUUUACCCUGUACCUGAGGCGAGGACGUCCAACAUGCGGCACCGGCCGAUCGGCAUCGGCAUCCAGGGGCUGGCGGACGCCUUCAUCCUGAUGCGGCUGCCGUUCGAGAGCGACGAGGCCCAGCUGCUGAACCUGCAGAUCUUCGAGACCAUCUACUACGGGGCGCUGGAGGCGAGCUGCGAGCUGUCGGAGCGGCUGGGGCCGUACGAGACGUACCAGGGCUGCCCCGUCAGCCAGGGGGUCCUGCAGUACGACAUGUGGGGCGUCGAGCCGACGGGGCUGUGGGACUGGGCGGCCCUCAAGGCCAGGAUCGCGGCUCACGGCGUGCGCAACUCGCUGCUGCUCGCGCCCAUGCCGACCGCGUCCACCGCCCAGAUCCUCGGCAACAACGAGUCCUUCGAGCCCUACACCACCAACAUCUACACCAGGCGGGUGCUGUCCGGCGAGUUCCAGGUGGUGAAUCACCACCUGCUGCGAGAUCUGACGGAGCGCGGGCUGUGGAGCGACGAGAUGAAGAACCAGAUAAUAGCGCAGGGAGGAUCCGUGCAGGGCGUGGACAUGAUCCCGGACGAGCUGAAGGCGCUGUACAAGACGGUGUGGGAGAUCUCCCAGAAGACCAUCAUCAAGAUGGCCGCCGACCGGGGGGCCUUCAUCGACCAGAGCCAGUCCCUCAACAUCCACAUCGCCCAGCCCAACUACGGAAAGCUCACCUCCAUGCACUUCUUCGCCUGGAAGUCGGGCCUGAAGACGGGCAUGUACUACCUGCGGACGAAGCCCGCCGCCUCGGCCAUCCAGUUCACGGUCGACAAGAGCAAGCUGGCGACGAGCGCGGGCGUGGGCGCGAAGCCCGAGCGCGCGGCCGCCAACGGCGCCGCCUCUCCCGGGGACCCCGAGGGGGACAUCUUCAACAUGAAGGCGCUGGCGUGCUCGCUGCAGAACAAGGACGACUGCCUGAUGUGCGGGUCGUAGCUCGCGUUGCCUCCCCCUCGCGAAUACUCCGGAGACUAUCACCGCUCGGUUCAGGCCUUAGGCUUUAGGCCAGGCUUACAAACUACGCAAGAAACACGAGUCGCAAGAAGUCGGACAAGUUUUCCAAAUACCCAUUCAAUCGCAGUACCCAAGAAUUCAGUGAGCAUCGGCCAACUUUCAACUUCUUGCAUUUUUGGCUUGCACUUACGCAUUCCAUGAUUCAAGUGGUGUGUGCCAAAAACUUCUAAAGAUUAGUGUAAAUUUUUUUUUUUUUAAUAUAUGCAACAUGUUUUAAAAAAUCUCAAGGUACACGUAGAAAUUUGAAAUUUUUAUCAUAAAGGUAAAAUAAUUGUAUGUGUUGAUAGGUCCAGUGAUAUUUUUUUUUUUUAACUUUAUUAUACUGGAAAAUUCUCAUAACUAGGAUUUUUUAACAGGUUUUUAUAGACAAUUUUUAAUAUUUUUUUAUUGCGAGAAACAGGAAUUGUUGAAAGAAUCUCUGAGAAGAAAUUUUUUCUGCUGUUUUUAUUAUUUCAAGUUUUUUAAUCGUUUCUGUAUUCUUAUGACUUUAGUGCUUCAUUAAUGUUCGUGAGAUUCUCGUGUUUCAUGUUGGUUGGUUGGUUGGCUGGUUGUUGCGUUGCAUUCCUCUUGUAGCUUACGGCCUGGCCUUAGUGAGACCCACUGUCCGAACGGCUAGGCUCAUGACUCGUGAACAGCCUCAAGGCCCAAUGAGUUAAGAGCAAGCUUACUCUGUCCCGACAACUCGUGCCUUCUCGAGAUAGGGCUGCCAUUCUUCUUAGUUUCAAAAAUAAAUUUUACUGUUACAUAUAUAGUUUGAAACGGCACUGGUUAAAGAAUAGGGAAUGUUCUGUCACAAGGGAGAAUCUGCAAGCAUAGUCUUACAAUUGACACCAGAAAAUAGAAAAUUGUUAAAGUGGUACUGUAGCUCAAGGUUAACUUUAGUCGUCAUGAGGCAUUUAAGAAAUGAUGUGAAAAUGUUGUCCGUGUGUUUCAGAGUAAUAAACUAAAUACUUCACGCCAUCAGGAAGUAUUAAAAUCUGUAUCAGAAUACAUAAGGAUGCGUUCAUAGCACACACAUCCCUACAUCCCUUAUCGAUUGCAGCCACAAUUGAGAGGACUGAUUUCUAAUGGAUGGAUUUUAUCCAACUACUUUUUACUACUAGUUGGUCGUACUAAUGUGCACAUAGCCAUUUCGAGUUGUGAUAUCUACGAAUAUUCAACAAAAAGUAAAUUACAACACCAUUUUAAAAAAAUUCCAUGCUCGUGCCAGUUAUAAAUGUCAACCAAAAAAAUAAUAAUAAUAAUUUUGUUAUAAAUCUCAAAUUAUUAAAAUUACUAAUAGUGAGAAUUAAAUACCCCUGUAAGUUUGUAUUUUCGUUAUCAUUUAGGCUUAUAAUGUUUUUAAUGAAUCUUAUGUAAAAAAAUUCAUAGUAAUAUUAUAUGCAAACAAAAUAAAACAUGGUUCCGAAGCUAGUGGAUGUAGGGACGCACAAGUGGAUAUGAAUGUUGCUUCCCUAGAAAUCACGAUUUAAGUUGAAUGCAUCCUUCGUGAGAAUUCUGAAGUAACACACCUUUGAGUGCAUCUCUUAGCUAAGGGGUCCAUUAAGCUAGUAUUCAGAUGCAGAGAUAAAGUCUGCUUCGUUUUCGAGGGUGCAGUCCUACCUUGAUGUGGCCGCGACUCAUAUGCCUAACCGGUUCGGAUCGACUGUCGUUACUAGCGAAGUUGUACAUUUUGGGCUCCACUCAUUUUGGAACAGUGACUUUCCUGUCUUUGCCUUUCAGUUGGCAGUGUUACCUUGGAAGUGUGAUGGCACACACUUCAGUGUGAGUUAAUUUCCCUUUGCAUGGGGAAUACUCGUACAGGAAGAAAAAAAAUAGAGCAUAAGCAUUCUGAGACGUUGUAGUCUAAGUUAGUUUAAGGUGGUUGAAUUAUUUUGAGUGAACCUUAGAACAGUAUGUAUUGUAGUGCUCGCUUUAGUUAAAAUGUAACCUAAACUGAGAUUACUCAUUGCAGUAAAGAUAUCAUUUUUUGGACUCUCAUUAGGCCUACGCAAAAUUCCAGAUUUCAAAAUAAUACUUUUAAAAAAAAUUGAAUGUGUAUUUGUUUAAAUUUCUAACAUAUUUUGAAGUAAUGAAAUUUCUGUUGUAUUUUUAAUGUUGUGAUGCUGUUGCACAUGACCUCAUGUUAAGUACUGGCAUAGAGGUUGUGCAUUAUCAACAUGUAUACUGAACAGCAGAGAAGCUAAAGUUCAGACAGUGGAACAGUCUGUAUUCUCAGAUAUUUUUUCCAUUGGUUGAAAACAAGCAUACUUUUUUAAUUGUUCUGUGUUAAUUGUUAUUAGAUUACAACUAGUAUUUUAAAAUGUCAAUUUUUGCUGCACGAAAUCAUUAACAGUUAUUAAAAAUAAUUUAUAAUGAAAAAUUUUAUUUUUUAUCUUCAAAUUCAAUUUGAACUGAAUUCACAUAUAUGUUGUGCAGUAACAACUCAUUACAAAAAAAAAACACUAUUUUGGUACUUAUUAAUGAAAGUGCUUUAUACUGAAUUAUUAUUUCUUUUAAAACAUUUUGUAUGGAUCUGAUAAUAUUUAAGUACUCUAAAUUGAUAAACCAUUUACUUUAUUAUGAGGUUACUGUGUGUAUUUCUUAAGUUGUUUUUAAAAGUUUUAUUAUUUUGAUUUAAUUAAUGAUUUUUUGCCUUCUAUUUCUGACCAGACUCUACAAACAUAUUUAUACGUACUUUCAUUGUGUAUCGUUAAUUUUUGUACACUUUUGUGGCAUUGUUUCAAAGACAAUUGUCACAGCUGCCUUCAGAAAUCUCACGCCUAUUAUUUUGUCUUGUUUUUUAUUUUUUUUGUUGGUUGUGUAUGUCUCCUGCCACAUUUUUUAAGUUCCAACCUCAUCAUUCAUUUAUGAGGUUUUAUUUUUCUUACAUUUGCACUAGUAAUUGCUUGUUAAAUAUCUCUUGUGGACCAACCACUGCUCAAUAACUAACAAUUCACCUGUACUUCCUAUAAAUCUUCAUGUUCUCAGUAAUAUAAGUUGGAUUAUAUAUGUGAUGUUUAAAACUUAUUUAUUAUUAUUAUUAUUAUUAUUGUCAGUUGCACUGUGUUAUACUCUUAUUUAAAACAUAAAUGUAUGCAUGUAAUUUCCUUGUUUAUAUACAUGUUUUAGAUUCCAAAAUAAAAAAUUAUCUA